CCUUCACUGCACCAUUGCAGCCAGCUAGUGGCGAGAAUAAAGCUUCGGUUCUUCGGCGAACGUUGACAAAGAAAAAAUGUGAAGAACAAUUAGCAAAUAAUUGGCAACAGCAAGAGCGAGAGCGAGAACGACGACAUCGCUUGCGUGCCAUUCGCCUUGAUCCAGCUUGGACGCAGGUUCGUGGUGGAGAUCAAGCACUGGAAGAUAUUGCCCAUCGACGAUGCUACAAAGAGGUGGUGGAACGCGAGAGGCUCCUGCAGUACUACAUGGAUAAAGAAGAGAUGCUGAAUCGAGUUUGGCAGAUGCCUCCUUUGUUUGAAAGACAAGCAAUGGCAAAACGAGAGAUUCAUCCACCUGGACUUCAAGUGUAUCCUGACAGAAUGUCUGCAACUAGUACAUCAUUCAACCCGGCGUCCAGUAGAUCUUCAGGCGGGGCCAGGAAAAAAACGUCGUUCAGAACUAGUCCGAAAACAGAGGAAAGUUUAGAUUGUUAUAUGGCCAGCGAGUCGCUUCAACUUUCUCGGCCGAGUACAGCCAAGAGCAGCACAAUAGGUUUAAAGUCAAACAGCGCUUACAAGCGCAACUGAACUUCUCUUUUAAGCUUGAUUAUCUUUAUCAGUCAACAUGUUUGCUUAGCUACCUGGAGCCCUUCAAUCACGAUGGUCUUGAAAAUCUGAAAAAAAAACACGUAUUUGAUUAUCUUUCUGCUAUUAAACAGCUUUCUUCGUUCAUCAGUGACCAAUUUCUACGUUUUUGUCCGUAAAAAAUUAAGUGAAGGAAUACAAUUUCACAUUUCUUGUCAACA